UCAAGUUAAAUUCUAUGUUGUCUAGGCUUUGCUUAAUUUUUCUUUUAAUAUUUCUUUUGAAAAUUUUAUUGGACAGCAAGAAAUAUCCGUCACCUUAUACCCCGUGACCUGUCUAAUUGCGUAGUAGUAUUAUAUGGGUAAAUGGACCUUCACGUCUAUCACUGUGAUAAAUUACGUAUACUGACAGCUUAUUAGCUAUAGGAGUGGCAGAGCUAUUUAAAAGCCACGUAUACGAAGGCAAAGAAGCAUUACUCCUCGCACCGAGAAGAUACCACAGAUCUCACUGAUGGCUACUUUAUGGCAUACUCAGUUGGUAAUUGUCACUCUCAACAUUUUCCUGGUUGCCUUAUUUGUGGCGGCGAACAAAGACUUUUGUAGUGUUUUUGAAACUCAACUCGACCAUGCUUUAGUUGGUCACAUCAUGAGGACAGCUGCUGUUGUUGACGAGUUUGAAUGUCAGCUGAAAUGCAUUGGAAAUAACAGCUGCAAGUCUUUUAAUACUCAUCUCGAUGGCAACAGUGCCAAACCAUUCAAAUGCGAGCUAAAUAGCAAAACACGACAAAUGAAGUCAGGAGAUUUUAAAUGGAGGAAAGGAUCUAUAUACUAUGGCUCUGUACAGGUCUCCUGCAUGGAUGUUUCCCGUGAUCAGAAUGGACCAACAAAGAGAGAUUGCCUAGAUCUGCUUAAAUCAGGCCAUACUCAGAGUGGAGAGUACUUUGUCAAUCCAGACGGUAGAGGAAAAUUCAAGGUCUACUGUGACAUGCGCACUGACGGUGGAGGCUGGACUGUGUUUCAUAGAAGACAGGAUGGCUCGGUAGACUUUUAUCGUGGAUGGAAUGAUUACAAAGCAGGCUUUGGCCAGGUGUCUGGAGAGUUUUGGCUCGGAAAUGACAAGAUUCAUAGGCUAACAGCCUCUCGACCCGGUUCUUUGCGAGUAGAGCUGGAGGACUGGAACAGAGUUAGAGUGUUUGCGAAAUACGGCAAGUUCAAUAUUGGUGAUGAAUAUGCGCAGUAUCGACUUGAAGUGGGUUUAUAUUCAGGGACAGCAAAAGAUUCAUUAGGAUAUCAUGAUAACAUGGCUUUUACCACAAAAGACAGAGAUAAUGACAAAGAUAGGUCUAACAACUGUGCAGUUAGAUGUACCGGUGCCUGGUGGUACAAACGUUGCCAACACUCCAAUCUAAAUGGGCAAUACUUGGGAGAAAACAAAAGAAAUUGGCAAGGUGUUAGAUGGUAUCACUUCAGAAAGAGUCUUUCACUUAAAUUCGCUGAGAUGAAAAUAAGGUUGUUAUUGUAGAAAUAAUAUCAAAACGGCGAUAUUGUUACUGAAGUCAUUGUUUAUAUUUGGCCUUAGUGUAAAGAAGACGUUAUGCUUAAUACGAAUUGACUCCAAACAUUUAAAAAACUAUUAACAGUUAGUAAUUGAUGACAUUUUCGCGUGUAAUGUAGGUUAAGACGGUGUUGAGAAAAGCAGACUUUGUAGGUGGCCAGAGUACCAAUGAACUUAUACUCUUUGUAAAUUUUUGAAUUUUAAAAAGGCGUUACACAACAAGUAUUGAAUACAUCGGGGUCAGAGUCGAACGGCUUGUUAACCGUACCACGCUCUGUCGAUAUUAAGUUAUAUUUUGGUACCUUGGCCAGAAACUGAGUGAGCGCCUAUGCUAAUGAUCAAGGAAAAAGUUGUAAACUAGGAUUCGGCUUUAUAUUUAUAAGGCUUAAUGCUGUUAUCAGAGUUGUACGAACCUCUCGAUUAAAACCUGACGUUUCAUUAUCCUUUUUCUUAAAAAAAAACAAAACAAAACAAUGAUGAAAUCAUGAAGGUUGUUUAGUUGGAUUAAAUAAAUGUCUACAAAACUCGGUCGGGUAAAAGACUCGGACCGGCAACUCGGAUCGCUGUUUAAAAUAAGAGGGGUAGCUAUUGCAUAUGUCUCGUUCUUAAAUACCUGCCAUAAUUCUCAGAGAAAGCAAUUGCGAACUUUAUACUGCCUCCCCAUAUAUUCUUCACUUCAAACGUCAUCUAGCACAUAUAACUGGAUCCUCGGUGAUGGAAAGCAAUGGUCAAAACAGUUGAGUGCUAUUGGUAAUAUAUGGUUUUGUCCAUUAAUUUAUCUCGGUAAAGUAAAUAAUUCGCUGUAAAUUUUGUGCACAUUCCGUAUUUUGGGCCCGAAAUUAAAAUAUUUUAACAGCUAUUAAAGAAAGAAAGUGAGGGUAAAAAGUUACCUCAAUUGCUUGGGCGAUUGUUUCUUUUGAAUAAUGAACAUAAAAGAACUAUCUGCAUUAUUUUUCACUUCUUCAGCCCAAACAAAAGUAAUAUUAAAAAGCUCUGACAUUUAGCGAUGACUGCCUCCUCCACAGGCUUUUCUUAUUUUUUUUUCUUAGCGCAAAGGGCGAUUGGGAGACUGGGCGACUGGAGACGUGGCAGUAGCGAUGAUGUCAUUCUUAGCAACAGGUUGAUUGAUGUUGUUGUCGUAUCCAGCAACCUCCACAAAUGAAUACCUUAUUAUAGGAAAUUAGCGCUUUAUGAAAUUAACGCGAAUUUAAAAAAUUCGCGUCAAUUUAUGUUAAUGUUAAUUUCCGCGCUGUGUUAAUAAUUAAGUUGCGCGUUAAUUUCCGCGACGUUAAUUACCAUUAUUUUCCCCCAAAUCUGUGACACACUUCAGACAUUCUUGACACAGCCAAACAAUAAAUUUUAUU